AUUAUCAAAAUAUUGUUAAUUUGUGUUUUUUUAAUUUAGAAAAAUUUAUUUGCUUAUUUUAAUCCUUCGUUUUCCCUUGUUUUCUGUUGUCGUUUGAUGCUGGCAUGGCUGGUCUUGAUUUAGGCACUGCUUCUCGCUACUUUCAUCAGCUUCACAGACCCGACCUUCACCUCCAACACCAACCCGAACCCGAGGAACAAGAAGCUUCAAACAAAGGUCUUGGUGCUCACUAUGGUUCAGCUGAACAUCACCAGGACGAUGGUUCACACCAAGGGCUGGAUUUAGUCAACGCGGGCAACUCAGGUUCGGGUGAGGUCAUGGCCCGUAGGGCGAGAGGUCGUCCUGCAGGUUCGAAGAACAAACCCAAGCCUCCGGUUAUCAUCACGCGGGAGAGUGCAAACACGCUACGAGCUCACAUUCUUGAAGUUGGGAAUGGCUGUGAUGUAUUCGACUGUGUCGCCAACUACGCUCGGAGAAGGCAAAGAGGAAUCAGCAUACUGAGUGGGAGUGGAACGGUGACCAACGUGAGCAUUAGACAACCGGCUGCAGCUGGAACUGUGGUUACCCUUCAUGGCAGAUUCGAAAUACUAUCGCUUUCGGGUUCGUUUUUGCCGCCGCCAGCUCCUCCGGGUGCCACCAGCUUGACAAUCUAUUUGGCUGGCGGGCAAGGGCAGGUUGUAGGAGGGAGUGUAGUCGGGGAACUGAUGACGGCAGGACCUGUUAUUGUCAUAGCUGCAUCGUUUACAAAUGUGGCCUACGAAAGGCUGCCUUUAGAAGAGGAUGACGACCAGUUGCAGAUGCAAAGCGGCGGCAGCGGUGGUGGGAAUAAUAUGUUUGCGGAUGCAGCAGUUGGCGCUGGAGGGUUACCUUUCUUGAAUUUUCCGUCUAAUGUGCAGUUACCCGUUGAAGGAUGGGCAGGAAACUCCGGUGGUGGUGGUGGUAGGCCCCCGUUUUGAGUAAAAAUGGGAGCUUUGGAUGGGAAAUUCAAGUCUGGAUUCUUGGAUCAUAAAAGGUGAGGAAAUUCAUGAACAAGUUA